AUGGGAAGACUUGAAUCUCUAACCUCGUGGGCCCUUGGACGGACGCCAUAUGAGGACGAAGUUAUUGAAUUCCCACAUACAACAGGCAGGCCAGGUGCUCAGCAAUACAAUGAGCAUGGACGCCCAAGAAAUCCAGAGACUAAACGAAGGGAGCGGGACAGUGUACGUGCUGCAAAUGAAGUCAUGCAAGUCACGGGUGUUGUCGAGGACUCUCUUGUAGCUAAGGCAAGGGCCAAGGCAUAUAAGCAAGAGAAAAAUGAAGAUACCUUUACCGGCCUAAGGUUGAUGGAGGUCGGUCGUUCGGCCCUUGUUGGUGGAGUAUGGGGUGUACUUGGGCUGCGGAGGCGGAUUCUGUUAUAUAGACCAUAUUCAGAAAUGGGCUUUCUCGAGAUCUUACGAAACGAAUCUGAGGUCAAAUCAAUACCCAGCUUCUUCUUGGCUGGGAUCCCAACUGUCAUUGCUUAUCACAUUUCCGAUUGGACUGGAUUUGUUAUUCAGUCUAUUGUAGAUAGUGUCUUCGAUGAAGAUGAAGAUGAAUACACACCUGGGCAGCUGUGGUUUAAGCACACAGGUCAAAUAUUACUUGACGUGGCUUUCUGCUAUGUCACAUUAAAUUUCCGCAUGUUUGCAAUACUCCAGCAGCUGAACUUGAUUCCUGGUUCACAUCUGCUACCGAGCCUACGGUCCUUUAUCCCAUUCUCGGCAGCCUCGCCCCUUCAACUUCCUGCUCCUCCGUCUCUCGAGAUCAGAUCUAUUCUCUCAUGGGGAUUUGCUCUGUUUAGAUCAGCAACACCACUAUUAGUUAUAUUGGCUCAUGGCAAGCUCAAAUUCUUUGUUGCGCGGUUGUUCUAUCGGCCGAUUUACAAAUCUCUCCCUCGACCAACAGGCGAUAGUAUGUUCUCUGGAUUGCCUAUCUCUACCCCCUCGAUCGGAUUCGAUACACCUGAUAUACCCUUCGAAGAAGAGCGUCCCCGGCGAGGAGAAGAUACGCCAACCUUACGAGCCCUGGAAGGUCUCCCGGCCUUGGAUCGAGAAGAGCGUGAGGAAGCACGCAUGCGUCAAUCCUUGAUGGAUCAAGAUGACUCGAGUGAGGAUGAGAAUGAUGAGGUUCAACAAACUACCUUGAUUAGUUUUGAUGUCGAAGCUGCUCAUGCGACCGAAAACUCUAUGGGCACCUGGUCAGCAGAAUUACGAAGCGCGAACGAGCCCAAGUCGAAGAUUAUCCAGUACCGUGUCACUGGACUUACAAUGCUUCCUACGAUACUUGCAACGGAAGGAUUGAGAGAGAUAUGCGCGGGGAUUUUGGUCAUACCACUUGAGGCUGUGAUGGUACGAAUUAUAGGGAGAGCGUAUCUGCAGAAUUCGGGCCUGAGCUUGUCCUCAUUCUACGAAGUCUUCGCCUUUAAGGAUGCUAUUCCAGCCUGGCGAAAUCUAGUUGGGGCCUUUGCGAUACAGGUCGUUGCUACUGGGGUUAUAUGGGCAGGGUUUACACUGGGGAGUCAACGGUGGGCCGGCAAGAGAAGAUCGAAUGCGGAGGAUAGACGGGAGCCACCGCCUUAA